AACGAAAAUGACGCCUCCCUCUGAGGGUCUCGAAAAAGUUUAGCAGUAAAAAAACAUUUAAAAUUUUCAGCAUGAAGUAAAGAAGCAUUUUCUUAAAAUUCUUUUCUCAGAUAAAAUAAUAUUAGCAACUAACCCAUAUACUCAUGGUCACUCAUUCGAGAUUGUUAAAGUACAGUAUUUUAGAACAGUUAAAAGAGUCAACCCAAUAAAUGAAAUAAAUCGCCUUCAUUGACUGAAUACGGAAUCGAUAUGUUACAUUUUCUCCGCUUCGCCCUGAGAGAGAAAUCGCUCAGAAUGUUUUCUAAGCUAAUAUGAAAAAAUUCAUAAGAUAUAUGAAUUCAUUUGCAAAAUUUUAUUAAGUAAAAAUUGCGUGACGACGACAACCCUUAAAAAACAUUACUUUUCACUUGAAAGGAUUUCGUUAAAAUGUUAAAUAAAUUAAAAUUUAAUAAUUUGGUUAUAUCAAAUAAAACGGAUAUACAGCGGGUGCGCACACAGACUAUUAAUAAAGUUGUUAAUAAAAUACGCAAACUGAAAAACGUAUUGGAAAAACGAGGGAAAGAUGAGAAAAAUCGACGAAGAUUGCUUAAGUUUACAGAGACCUUGGAACAUGUAAAGAAACUUAGCCGUAUUGAUAUUAUGAAAAAUGUCCUAACAUUGGAGAAAUCACCACCGACAGUUCUAACAAAUGGUUUAGUGAGCCCUACUGAGCUAGCCGUAGCCCUGUUGAGUUUAAAUAAAGUUAUGCAAAUGUUAAUAAAGAAAUUUAAAAAUGAUUUGCAAUUACUGCCAGAUGAAGCCCAUGCAUGGCGUAAGGAAUUAAUGCAAUCAAGUAAGAAAAAACAAAAAUUGGAAACUAUUGCAGAGAAAAAACGCAAAAGACAACAACUAAAAGAACAAAAGGCUACAGAACGUAAACGUAAAGAAUGGCUUGAAGAGAACACUCGAAAUAUAGAAACGGAAAAUGCUAAUAGCGGAUCUGACAUAUCUACUUUUGGAGAAUGGAAGGUGGAGUUUGUAGAUCCUGACAACGAGAAGCAAGUUGUAAGUCAAGCCGAGCGACCGUCGAAAAAGCUCAAGAGUCCUCUAGAAGAAACAAGCAAAGAGCUUGUCUCUAGGAAACUUAUAACUAAAGGAGGAAGCAGUUUGAAACGUACAGAUACCAAUGGAAAAAAAAAGGAUUUACUGAGUUCUUUCGAGAAAGCGCAGGAUUCCUAUACGGAAACCACGUAUAUAAUCGACCCAUUUUUCAUUACCAAUGGCGGGGAAAACUAUUUAUCCACUGCCGUUGUAGUAAGAAAUGUUAGUUUGGAAAAGACCGACUCUGGCAAAGAGGAUGAGGACUUUCAAUUCGUCAAACUGAAUAAACACACGAGGAACAAAUUACAGUUGCCUAAGAAGGAAGAAAGCCGUCGAAAGUCUACAGCAUUUACAAAGAAAUGCCAGAAGAAGGACCCACAAAGUACUAUAGAGUUAGAAUCUCUACAUCCUUCUUGGGCGGCGAAGAAAAAAGUAAAACCAAUUAUUAAUAGUUUUCAAGGCAAGCGAACAACAACAUUUGGUAACAAUAGUGAUGGCGAAUCUGCAAAUAUAAGCUUUCCGAAUGAAGAAAAUGAGCAGAGCUCCAAUAAUGUUGAUUUGCAUCCUUCCUGGAUAGCUAAACAAAAAAUGAAACCCACUAUUACUGCUUUUCAAGGAAAAAAAAUUAUUUUCGACUUGUCGGAUGAUAAC